AUGUCUACUGGACACUACAAGAUGCCCAAGAACAGGCAGGGAAUAGCGAUGGGACUCGGGACGAAGGAAGAUGAAUACAUCGCAGCGCUGCUCGAGAACCAUUUCAAAGCUCCGAGCAACGAAAUACUGGAGCGUCACUACUUCAAGAUGCGCAAGCAGCUACUGGGGGACUUUUUGGGUGACUCGACGAUGCCUAUAGCAGGUGCAGGCGCUAAGAAGAAGCGCAAGCAGUUUUCCCUGCAGGAAAAGGUGGAUUUGUUCAAGGAAAUUGACGCUGGCAAAAAGCAAAUCGACCUUUGCAGAGAGCGUGGCAUUGCCCCAUCGACCCUCGCGACCAUUUUGAAAGACCGAGAAAAGGUUCUGAAGCUUCACAGAGAGUCGCAACUUGCGCCUACGAGGAAACGAUUACGCCUGGGGAAUUUUCAAGAUGUCGACCAAGCUGUGCUGACCAGGUUUAAAGAUGCCAGGCUGCAAAACGUCCCAGUGUCUGGCCCAAUGCUUCAAGAAAAAGCCCGCGAGUUCGCCGACGCACUUGAAGUAACUGGGUUCGAUGCAAGUUCGGGUUGGCUUUUUCGUUUUCGCCAGAGGAACGGCAUAACCUGGCAGGUAGUGUCAGGUGAAGAAAAGGCUGCGGACAAAGAGGGUGCAGAUUCCUGGUGGAAUGAUCGUUUCCGAGGGAUUGCAGAGUCGUACUCUGAGGACGACAUUUUCAACGCGGACGAGACUGCGUGCUUUUACCAGCUUCUGCCGGAUGGGACGAUGCACUUCAAAGGUCAGCAGUGUAAAGGAGGCAAGAAGUCGUAUCUCCGCGUGACGGUUUUGCUCUGCUGCAAUGCAUCGGGCACAAAGAAGAUCAAGCCGCUGGUCAUCGGGAAGUAUGCAAAGCCCCGCUGCUUGAAGAACGUCGUAUCGCUACCAUACGACUAUCGUGCGAACAAGCGCGCCUGGAUGACAAGAGAAUUGUUUUCGGAGUGGCUCCUCAAACUCGACGAUCAAAUGAGGAAAGAAAACAGAAAAAUUCUUUUGAUCGUCAACAACUGCUCAGCACACGUUCGCCUGGAGUUUCUGCCUCCGAACAACACUUCCUUGCUGCAACCCCUUGACCAAGGAAUCAUAAAAAGUGUUAAGGUGGAAUUUCGCAAGCGCCUUGUGCAGCGGUUGAUCAUCAAUCUCUGCUUAAAGCAGCGGACAUCGAUCAACGUUCGUCAAGCGGUGGAAAUGCUAACGGGAGCUUGGUGGAACGUGAAAAUGUCCACAAUCAGCAACUGCUGGCGAAAAGCAGGCCUAAGAAAAGCGCCUGAGCAGCUUGAAGACGACCUGGAAGAGAACCACAGCACCCCAGGAGACCUGUUGACUGAGGUUGAGGUUGAGGAACUGCUGCCCGACGUCUCAUCCUUCGAUGACUACGUAGAGAGCGACUGUGCAGCGCUAACGUCGGCGGACUUGACGACCGAGGAGAUCGUCAAUAGCGUUCACGACGUCUCCAGUGACGACGACGACCCGAAGGAUGAGGAAUCUACGACACCGAACACCGAGGCCGAUGAGUCCGUAACGCACUCGGAUGUUUUAGUGCAUAUGGACAAAGUCCGCACUUACAUUGGUCGGUGCAGUGAUGUGCCCGAUGAGGUGCUACGUCAAGUGGAAGAAAUCCCGUUAGACACAGUGAAGAACUUAGUGGUGUCCGGUGUUGGCUGGACCAUCUGA